ACACAAUUUCACAUAUUCGCAACAAAUGCUAUAGGCGGUGUGACUCGCGACAAUGCUCACAUCUCCUCAUUGGCCCAUAUUACGAAAUACCAUACUACCGAACUCUGCAAACCGAGGGGUCCCGGCAAAAUAAACGCCUAGACCAGGCAUAUUAUUAGAAAAAAGGGGGGAGGGGCAGAAAAGAAACUCCCCAGAUCUAGCAUCGACGCUGUCUUACACUACCCCAAAAAUCACCCGAACCCCAACCCCAAAAUAUAACUCGUCAUCGCAAGUCCGUUUGUUGCCUUUUGUCAACUUGUCUCACCUACGCAAUCACCAACGGAACCUAAAUCCCGAAACACAACAACACAUCCCAACUAGUUCGGAUUAGAUACUUACUUAAUUUCGUGCGCAAUUGCCUAUCGUCUCUAAUCUCCCGCACCAGAAUUCCUCGGCGGCCAACCCCAGCCGCCCCCCUCCCCCCCAAAACCCAUUAGCUCCUCCCCCUCCCGCCGGACCAGCAUGCCCCUCCGCAUAGCCAGCCUGGGCUCCUCCUUCGCGGCCGGGCCCAGCAUCCCGCCGUGCGUGGACGAGGACGCGGGCCGCUCGGGCGCCAACUUCGCGUGCCUGAUCCAGCAGCGCGUGCCGGGGUCCUCGCUGACCGACCUCACCGUCUCGGGCGCCGUGCUGCCGAACCUGACGACGGAGCCGCAGGAGCGGGGCAGCCGCGUUUUCCCCCCGCAGAUCGAGGGCCUGCCCGCGGACGCGGACCUCGUGUUCGUGCUCGGCGGCGGCAACGACAUCGGCUACGUCGGCGGCAUCUUCGAGGACACGCUCAACGCGUCCUGGCUCGGCGCCGUCGCCCUGAAGAUCCGCGGCACCGGCGGCGCCCCCGUGUCGACUGCGGACCUCGACGUCGACGGGCUCGCGGAUAGGUACGCCGGCGUGCUCGACGCGAUCCACGCCAAGGCGCCCCGGGCCCAGGUCCUCGUCGUCGAGUACCUGACGCUGCUGGGCUCGCACGUGCGGGCCGGCAAGGACGUGCCGUUUGGCGAGGACCGCGUCGCGCACCACCGGGCGGUCGGCGCGCGGCUUCUAGAAGCCACGGCGAAGGCGGUCGAGGGCCGCGGCGACUGGUGCCACGUCGUAUCCGUGGGCGCGCCGAGCGAGGACCACGCCAUCGGCGCCCCCGAGCCCUGGGUCUCCGGCUUCUCGUGGAAGCUGUUCUACUCCGGCGGCGCGUACCACCCCCGCGCCGAGGGCAUGAAGGCCGUCGCCGACCUGAUCUACAAGAAGCUCGUCGAGCUGAAGAUUGUGGACGAUGGUGAGCUGUGAUGGUUGGCGAGGUGGGGCUUAGGCGUGACUUCGUUAGGUAUAGGCAAGUUUAGGUGUCGAGGUAUCUACACCGUGAGGACUUGAGCCGAAUUUGAGUGAUAUGACGUUAAAGACUCCGGCUUGGAGAAUGCCGUGGGGUAGAAUAUUGCAUGAAGAUGAAACGGGAUAGUACCUGCAUGUAAAUCAUGAGUGGUUUAUAUUGAAUCUUGGAUAUGGUAGAGAUCAUAGGGUCGGAAGAAUGACAUAGCUAGGUGCAUAGGUAUGAAGCAUAGAAUGUACAAACACUCGAAAUAGUUGUGGUUGCGUGGGUAUGCGAGAGCUCACUACUGAAGUAUAUUGAUGAAAAUCUACAUAUUCCCAAACCGUUUAAAAUGACCGGGCUAUUCAUACUCUUCUAUUAGACAAGUCUUUUCAUUACCUAUAGAAUCAAUC